AUGGGGAAGAGAAGGUUUCAGAGAGCAAAAGAAACGACGGUAGCGGAAGCUUCACCUCCGUCAGAGUCUCAGACGACAAGAAGACGAAGAGGAAGGCCAAGGAAGAAUCUUGAGAAUCCAGAAGACUUCAAGAAGGAAGAAUCUGAAGAAGACGAAGAUUUCGAGGAGUACGAAGAAGAAGAAGAAGAAGAAGAAGACGAAGAGGUUGAGAUUACUAACAGAGAGAAACAGAAGAAAAAAGUUAGGAGUAGUAGUAGUAGUGUGGAAGAAGGGCAAAAGUGGAAACAUGAAAAAUUAGAGGAGGAUGAGGAGGAGAAGAAGCCGGAAAUGACGACAGUGAAGACGGUGGCUCAGCCGUCAUCAAGACGGUCGAGGAGGAAAAGCACGCCGGUUAAAAGCUGGUAA